AUGGCGACCAGCUACAGCGCAAACCAGUAUCAGAGUGCGUUCAACCCCCGCCAACUGCAGAACUGGACCGUCCCGAAACCCUGCAAACAGUUCCCUCGCACCCACGACGGCUUCACUCAGAUCAUCGCCAACGACAGAGGUCAUCUGCUUCCCGGAGCGCCCAGGGCCCAGGCCAGCCCCUGGGGGGCGUUCCUGGGGACAUGGGACAUGCCCCUUAAGAUCCCUCCUUCCAAACUGAGCCUGACCUCCCGCUCAGCAGACGCCUCCAAACGCCUGACACAAUGGAUCGAGAAUUCGGAGCCGCUCCUCAGCGCCUCCAAUGGGCUGAGACCCACCAUCACCGGCCAGGUUCCCCUGGAGGGGGAGGGGUCACGAAAAGCGAGUCCGACCCCCAGCCCUAGGAGUGGGCGUGGCGCCAGGAUCCCAGAGAAGGCAGAAGAGAUAGCGGUGCAAAGAUCUCCGACUGUCAGUCCAACCGGCGCUAAGAAAAAUGGCUGCUGCAGCCGACGGGCCCGAAAGGGGGAGGAGCAAACACACAGCGGCAGCAGACCGCCAUCCCAAUGUGACGCUCGGAAAAAGACU